UCAUUUCUUCAACACGACUGUCAACUUGCGACUUAUAUACCCGCAACUACAGACCAUCUACUCUUCACCCCUCCUCUUCUCAUAAGUCAGCCUAGGAAUUUUACGCUUUCUUCCGACCUUCAGACAUCGAUAUGGCGAACAAAAUAUGUCUAGUCUGCAAGAAGCGCCCAAAACGGGACAAGUAUCAGUUCUGCUCCAAGCGCUGUACGGACACGGCUGCAAAUAGAGCGCCACAGCUCCUCCGAGUUCCCAAGGAUCAUGUUAUGUACAAAGAUGUUGCGACCUCAUUUGGCCAAAACUGGAACUGGCAAAGGGGACCUCGUCCAUCCAUAGCUCGAAUUUACCUGAUUACGUGGUCACCAAGCCUCCGAAAGUCUUUUGACGACUAUCGGGAGAACAUCGCUCGCACGAUGAAAGGCAACAAGGAACCCAAAGAAGUCAAGCGCUUUCGCUGUGAGGCGCGCAAGUGUCGACUGGGCGAUCCGGGAGAGUUGAACAACAAGUUGUGUGGUACACCAGACUGUUGGCUCUGUAGAGCCAUCGAGACGGGAUUCAGAACGACUCUCGAUAACAAACGCCUAGGGCGAGGACUGUCACGAGGAUCUCGGUUCGGGCGUGGUAUAUACAUGGCUCCGUCGUCCUCGAUGGCAUUCCAGUAUGCGGAGAACGGCGGCUCGGGUUCUAAAUACAAGGCAGUCCUUACGACAAGAGUAGUCUUGGGAAACCCGCAGACGGUGAAACUUGACAAUUGGGGUAGGCUCGAACCCGACAAGGGAUACGAUUCCGUGGAGGCGCAUCCCCCCGUUGGGCCGACCGAAGUUGUUGUAUUCCACCACGAUGCGGCACGUCCGGCGUACCUCAUCAUCGCGAAGCAAUGAAUACACUUACAUAUAUCAUUUCGUUGUCAUACAUGUUCAAUUCCGAAGCCUUGUUCUUACACCACUGAUACCCUGCUGCGAACCUACUUCAGCCGAAGACGCUUUCUCAUCGCCCGCUAGUAACGAGAGUCAAAGUCAGGCUUCUGAUUUUG